AUGGUUGAUGCACCCUGUGAUCGUACUGAAGAUGUCGCAGAGUUGAUUUUUCAUCACUUUAUGACAGGCGAGUCUAUUUCUAAGGCAGCAGGAAUCCCAAAAAACGACGAAGCAAUUGCGGAAUAUAAACGGCUUAUAUUAGGACUUGUACAGGAUAAAGACACACAUAUAGUUAUAUGUUGUUUAGAUAAUAACAAUGGUGCUGUAGGCGAAAUCAUUGGAGCACCCUUAAUGGCGUUGAUAACGAAAGAUAAACCAGAGGAACUAAAGUUUCAGUUAAAAUCAAAAGAAUUACAAAAGUUUUUUGAAAUAAUAAUAGGAUUAGCAGCAAUGUAUGAUAUGAUGGCUGAACAGGGAGUUGACAAAUUCUAUGAUGGCCGAGGCGUAGUAGUACACUCAAAUUACAGAAGAUGCAGUAUAGGACGACUCAUAUGUCAAGAACUUGGUGUGCCCUUAACAGCGGCAUUAAUGACAGCAUACGGUACCCAAAAGGCUGCUGAAUGUGAUGGUUGGGAAAUAGUGUCUGAGUACAAUUUCGAAGAAAUGGGAAAACAGUUUAAUGUUACUUUUGAUAAAAAAGGAUCCUCCAAUAGUAAAAUUGAUGGUAGCAAGGGCAAAACACAAUAA